AUGGUUAAUUAUUGCUGUGUACUUGGAUGUGGCAGAAAUAGUAGAACAAAUAAACGAUUAAACUUUUAUACGUUACCAAAAACAGAAAGACGUCAAAUAAAAUGGCUAAAAUUAGCCGGGAGAGAAGAAUGGUUAAAUCAAGAUAUGGAAAAACUUCGUCGUAAACUAAGAUUUUGCUCCCGCCAUUUCUUACCAAAUCACAUUAAAAUUAAGCAUUUAAGUGAAGAUGCUCUGCCCAUCAAGAGUAUACCAGGGUCACAUAGCGCUGAUGAGUCCGAUGGAGAAACAGUAAAACACGAAGGCAUAGUGUGUGAUAGCUGCAACGAUCAAAUCAUUGGCUUCAGAUAUAAGUGUGUUUCUUGUGAAAAUUAUGAUCUUUGCCCAAAAUGUGAAGCCCUUGAGACACACCCACAUCACUAUAUGCUAAGAAUACCGAGACCAAUAAAAUUUAAACAAGCUGAGAACUUACAAAAGAAAUGGUCUAAUUUAUUUGAAUUUGAAAAUGUCAGCACAAAACGAAAUAACGAUAGCGAUGUGUCCAGCGAUGAUGAACCAGUUACAAAAUAUAUGAAAAGUAAUGACAGUGGAAUAGAUCUCUCCGAGGAUGACAGAAAUAUGAUACAAAGAGAAGUACUGAGAGCCGUUCAAGCAGCUAAAGAAAAGAAUUGGGAUCAGCUACAGAAUAAAUUAUUAACUUUAGAAUCUAACAAACCUUCAAAUACCGAGUUGUUUACUGUACCUGAGAGUACACCAGAAUUAGCGUUCGCUGAUGUCAAUGAUUACAGAGAAGUAGGGGAAGUAAAAAAUGAAGUGGCCCCUACUACUGAUAUACAACCAGUUACAGAUCAAUUGCAACCUAUGUAUUAUAUGAAAUUGAGUGGAGACCUGUCCCAACUUAUGAUAGAAUUAACACAUAAUAAUACUACAUAA